AGCAGUCAAUCCUUCCUCCCAUGCGCACGCGACUAGGCUGUACGUACGCAUGGCAGGAACGACGAACCGCCCGGCACUAAGGACAUUCCUGCGCCGCGAAAGAACACGAGCCAGGCUCCGCAGCGCGCAUGCGAUGCGAAUCGAUUCUCCGCGGCCCGUCUUUUGGGCCGACGCGAAGACACGCGACUCCAAGCCCCGAGCCAGUCUGGAUUGGAACCGCAACGGUUCUCGACGUAUUAAAACAUGUCGUCAGCUGCUGGUCCCACGUGAACUCGAUGCUUGUUUCGAGUGACCUUGAGUCUCGAAAUAGCCACUUCCACGGAGUACUCCUUCCAAGCUGAGGUUCGCUAUCCGCCAUUGAUCAUGGCGCAGUGGGGAGCUCAACGGCAGCGAUCGUCACCAGCCGGCGGGGCAUCCAGCACGCGCGCGGCGCGAAGAUCCUCACCUUAAUCGACGACUACGAGGACCGCAAGGCGGGAACCGUCGGAUUGACGCGCGACCACCGCGUGUCGCUCGAGUUCAAACCGUUCGCCAGCCAGAGCUACCUGCAUCUCCGCAACAGGCGCCUCGCCGUGCUCGCCAGGGCGCCGAUCCCGGGCGGCGGGCUCAGCUCGCGGCGUUAUAGCAGCGAGGAGGAGUGGGAGGAGUAUGACCCCGAAAUUGAAGAUCCUUAUAACGAAGAAGGCGGUAGCGAGGACGGCGGUGGAGGAUUUGCGGAACGAGGCGGCGCGAUCCGGCCGCGCGAGCCUGAGUUGUUCGACGUGGUGCGGUAUCCCCUGAGCGAAGCGCUCGAUACGGUUCGUGAGAAGCUCGAGCGCCGCGCGCUGAUGGUCCGCGGAGGCCCGCGGGGGGGAGGCGGAGGGCGCGCGCAUGAGGGGGUGGAGCGGGUGAAGCUGCUGGUGCGGCUGGGGAAGAUGCUGUUUUCUGCACAGGGGAGGGCGGAGGCCGCCCUCACCAACAUCCAGCCGUUCUCGGCGAAGAAUCUGGAGGACCACAUGAACGAGCGUGAGCCGUUCGAUCUGCCGAUCCAACGGACGUAUGAGACGCACCUUCCCGAAAACAUAUACCAGCAGGUGGAGGAUAUGCUGCUGGAUGACGACCAAGUGGCGCACAGUAUCGGCGAGAGAUACGUCAUUCAGGUGGUUGAUUCCAGGGAGCACGUUGUCUACAAGGCAGUCUGCAAGUACGAGGCGGAUGGCCGGCAGCUUUUCGUCAAGAAGGUCAAGAAGCCUCCUGUUCGCUAUGGGGUGAUUGACAUAGCACGGCCGGACAAAGUGUUGGAUGCUCGCUUGAUUCUCACUUCUGAAUCCCAGCUCACAACACUGGAUGACGAGCUCCAAGCUGCAAUCACCAGGAUCUUAGCCGUCACUCACGUUGACCCUCGCAGUCCGGCAGGGCUCCGCAUCCCAGCACACAUGACUGAGAGGCGUAGAGGCUCCGACGUUACCACCAGGGGCUAUGCUGGCACUGCUGCCAGGGGCUCUGCUGGCUCUCCUAGCAGGUUCCUGGUGCGUGCGGUGAGGCAUGCAACCACGAGGCGGGCGGUGGGGAGGGGGCGGCUGUGGAAGCUUGCUCGGGUUGAUGGGGUGGAGUUUAAGCAGGGGGGCGGGCGGCGCACGAACGAGAUAGAAUUCUGCCCGCUCGCAUGGCACCGUGAGCUCAAGGCCAGCUCAGGUGGAGGUGGUGGCAGCAGGGAGCAGCAGCCCCCCUCUUGGAGCACGGACGAGAUCAUGGGGGAAUGUCCUGGGCUGCUGGCAUGGCUCUCUGAGAGGUUGCCAUAGCAGAAGACGCAGGCAUGGAGCUACAGAGUGGGAGCGCAGCAGGGAGCAGCAGCCCCCCUGAUGGAGCACGGACAAAAUCAUGGUGGAAUGCACUGCACUGCUGGUGUGGCUGUUUGAGCAUUUGCCAUAGCGGGGGCCACACGCAGACGUGGGGCCAUAGAGAGGCAGUGCAGGGGAGAGCAGCAGCCGAUUUUUGAGGCGCCUAAGAAAGUUUGGCAUAGCCGGGAACGCUGGUGUGGGGAUAUGGAGCAGCAGUGCAGGGGAGAGCAGCAGCCGAAGAAAGUUUGGCAUAGCCGGGAAUGCUGGUGUGGGGAUAUGGAGAGGCAGUGCAGGGGAGAGCAGCAGCCCCCCGUGUGGAGCACGGAGGAGCGCAUGGAAGGAAGCUCCCAAGGGUCUCAGGGAGGAUUAUCAGGGGUUGGCAGCGUGGGGAUGGGGUGGUGACUGCAGGGAGGGCAAGGAUGGAGGUGUUCUAGGGAGAGGAUGGGGAGUGAACUGUUUUUGAGGCGCCUCAAAAAGGGAGAGGAUGGGGAGUGAACUGGAGAGGAUGGGGAGUGAACUGUUUUUGAGGCGCCUCAAAAAGGGAGAGGAUGGGGAGUGAACUGUUUUUGAGGCGCCUGAAAAAGGGAGAGGAUGGGGAGUGAACUGUUUUUGAGGCGCCUGAAAAAGGGAGAGGAUGGGGAGUGAACUGUUUUUGAGGCGCCUCAAAAAGGGAGAGGAUGGGGAGGAGAGGAUGGGGAGUGAACUGUUUUUGAGGCGCCUCAAAAAGGGAGAGGAUGGGGAGUGAACUGAGAUGAGAUGGUUAUUGAGAGGGGAAUCAAAGAGGACGAUGGUGGUGGGUAGGUGGGAGAUGAUGUGGACGUGGAAGGGAGUAGGGGGGUUGGUUUAGUGGGUGGUCACAAAGUAGCAUGCAGACCAUGGGGGGAAUGGGUUUGAGGAUAGCUAGUGGAGUGUCAGUUCUCUUUCUGUUCCUUCAUGGUUGUGAAAGAUAUGUGAUUGUGCACACUCGAGAGAGAAGAAUUGAUGGAUGGGGAGAAAUGGGCAGACUGUAGCUCCAAUCGAGGAGAAAUGCUGGGGAAUGGAGGAGGGCAGGCAAGUGUACACAUACUGAACACUGUUGUACCAUGC